GCUAAAGUAUCAUCAGAUCGAAGCAUCACGUCAACGAUCAUCCAUCGAGUUACAGUUUCGAGUUUGGAAUCGCAUCGUUGAACGUGAUUUUCAAGAUGAUCAAGACCGCGACGAUUUUACUCGCUCUCGCGAUGUGCGCUACAGCCUCGUUCCAGAGAGGAUCCAACGGUGGACAACAAGGAGGCAGAUGGUCCCAAGGAGGACGACAAGAAGGAUUCGGUGGUUGGCAGCAGAGAGGAAUCGGCGGACAGGGAGAAUCCCGUUGGCAGCAAGGAGGAAUCGGCGGAGUACAGGCAGGAAUCGGUGAACAAGGAGGAUUCGGUGGACAGCGAGGAGGAUUCGGUGGUUGGCAGCAGAGAGGAUUUGGAGGACAGGGAGAAUCUGGCUGGCAGCAGGGAGGAAUCGGUGGAGCGCAGGCAGGAAUUGGCGAACAAGCAGGAUUCGGUGGACAGCAAGGAGGAUUCGGUGGUUGGCAGCAGAGAGGAUUUGGAGGACAGGGAGAAUCCCGUUGGCAGCAGGGAGGAUUCGGUGGAGGGCAGGCAGGAAUUGGCGAACAAGCAGGAUUUGGCGGACAGCAAGGAGGGUUCCGUGGAAAAGUUGGAGGAUUCGGCGGACAAGGAGAAUCUCGUUGGCAGCAAGGAGCAAUUGGUGGAGCGCAAGCGGGAAUCAGUGAACAAGUUGUAGGAUUUGGAGGACAGCAAGGAGCAUUCGGUGGGAAACAAGGAGGAAUCGAUGCCCAGCAAGUUGGCUUCGGUGAACAGGAAGUAGCAUUUGGAGGAAUAGGAGGACUAGGAGGACUAGGUGGACUAGGAGGAUUCGGCAGACAGCACGGAGGACUUGGUGGUAGACAGCAGGCAGGUUUCGGUGGACGGAAUGCCGGAUAUACAUACUAGGAUCGGUAGGAUUAUUGCGCCGAUUGAAAAAAAGGCAAAUGGUGUUAGUUGUCUGAUUGGCAUGUAUGACGAUAAUCAAAUUUCGCUAUUUAUAUUCACUCGCUAUUCCUCUCUUCAUGUACAAAAUAUAUUGAACUGAAAAAGAAGGAAACUGAAAUAAUAUGUAAUCGUAGAUCCAAC